ACUACUUAUUUUUUGUUCUGUAUGCGUACGUGUACAUUGUACAUAUUGCUCGUGUUGGAAAAACAAAUGAACUACAUACACUCUACUAGAAUUUGUUUCCCUCGGUUUGAUUUUUCAAAAAAACAGUUUAUUUGUGUGAUGUAAAUUGAAAUUUAAUGACGAAUGUGUUUCCAUUCAACGAUGGACCGCUUGCAUUUUGCAAUGUAUAAUUUGCUAAUUCAGAUAUACCAUCGUCAUCAGCUAUUUUUGGCAUGUGCAUAUGUGACUUUAUGUCCAAACCCCUCAGUUGUUGGCUUUGAUCAUUUAUGUAGAUCAACGGGUACCCAGAUCCGCGGUUUGCUAGGAAUUAGGAUCGCUAUAUGAAGACAAUUUUUUUUCGUUAGAAAGUGUGAAUACGCGAUGUUGUCACUGUCACAUCAGAUUUAUGUACACUUUCGAACGAAAAAAAUUAUCUUUAUAUAGCGAUCCUAACAAAAUUUAUAUGAAUCUCCGCUGAUCUCUAAAAAUCGUUGCCUUGUCUUGUUGUCGGUCUCCGUGUUGGAAAACAUCAGGAAAACAAAACAUGGGUGCGUGAAGCGCAAGUGUUAUCAAAAUUUAUUACCUUUGACGAGACAAAUAAUAAAUAUUUAUUUCUGAGCGCUGGCAAACAAUUGUGAUAUUCGAGCGCGAGCGCGAACGGCAAACAAGCUGCAUAUGUGGCAUUGUGAAAAGCUCGAAAAGACGAAAACGCUCGCGCUCUUCCCGUGUCCGUACCUUUUAAAAUUAUCUGGAGCUCCUUGUAUCACUGAAGUCGGUCGUUUUUCUUUCAAUUUUUAAUUAUGUAGUUAAAUAAUGUAACUUGUGAUUUAUUCCACGUGAUUUUUUUGUCUGUCAUCAUUCCCGUGUUAUUGCCUGCACAUGCCUGUAUGAAAUCGCUCCCGUAACUCCUCAUUGCGGUGAAAUAAUGGACAUGCGAUUCUUCUUGAAUCAAUUGGUGAAAUUAUUAUAUCUAUUAUUAAUCUUAUUGCUGAAAAAUACUAUAAAAAAGCUGAAACGUGAUAACAGUAGCCAAAAACUUCCUAUAGGCGGUAAACCAAUAACUAUACUACCACCACCGGACAAAUCACCGAGUGAUGGAAAAGAAUACAAAGUAAUUCGACUACCUAAUAAUCUCACGGCCUUACUAGUAUCAUAUGGACCUGAACCGUAUCAUAUUAUAAAAGACUUUUUUAACAUAUUCGAUUUUUUGAGAAGCAUCGGCAAAUCAACGAGUAGUUCCAGCGGCGAGGAAGAUAACGACGACGAUCCAGCGUACGAAAGCUGUCGAACUUCGGAAAAUGUAAAAACGUCUGAGUUCGCCGUUUGCGCUUUGUCAAUCAACGUUGGCAGUUUUAGCGAUCCGAAUGAGAUUCCCGGUUUAGCACAUUUUUUAGAACACAUGGUAUUCUUGGGAAGUGAGAAGUACCCGAGGGAGAACCAAUUUCAUAGUUUCAUACGGAAGCACGGUGGGUUCAUGAAUGCGGCCACAUCAUGCGAAUGCACGACAUUCUAUUUCUAUUGCAACGUUCGUCAUUUAUUCGAAGCAUUAGAUAUGUUUUCUCAAUUAAUUAUUUCACCGUUGCUGAAGAAAGAGUCUAUGGUUCGUGAACGAGAAGUUCUUGAUUCCGAAUUUGACCUGGCUACUUUAUCAGAUUCGUUUCGAAUUGAACAAUUGAUCGGAACUUUUGCUUCGGAAGAGAAUCCAAUUGGUAAAUUCAUGUGUGGUAAUUCGAAGACCCUGAAAGAUCGUGUAUCUGAAGAUGAACUCUACGAGUCGUUACGGUCGUUUCACCAGCAGUAUUAUUCGGCUAACCUAAUGACCGUCGCCAUACUAGCCAGGUUACCUAUCGUUAAGUUGGAAAAUUACGCUUUAGAGUGUUUUACCAGCAUUCCUGAUCAUCAAGUAUCUCGUCCUACAUACAAUAUUACGAAACCAUUAUUUAUUCACGAAAAAUUUCAUCGAAUGUAUUACGUAACGUCGGUGGAAAACGUUACCAAAGUCGUUCUUAUGUGGGAAAUGCCGCCGAUCGAAAGUCUUUACCAUAGCAAACCAGCCGACCUUAUUGGUUGGCUCGUAGAUCACGAAGGUAAAGGUAGUUUACUAUCUUACUUGAAGAGUAAACUAUGGGCGCUCGGAUUAUGGAGCGAUAUAAACCCCAACUCUGUGUACUGUAAUUCCUUGUUUUCGUUAUUCCGGAUAGAAAUCACCCUGUCCGAAUGGUUUGCUCAUUUAAUGGAUGUAAUCACUGCGACAUUUAGUUAUUUAAAACUAGUUCGAGCAUCGUUACCGCAACGUAGGCUGUACAACGAAGUAAAAACGCUGAGCGAUUUAUAUUUUAGGUUUCAAGAAGAACAGACUGCUGCCGAAUUCCUUGUCGAAGAUAUGCAUUAUUAUCCUUCGAAAGAUUUCCUAGCCGGGCCCUAUUUGUAUUUCAAGUAUAGUCCAGAAGAAAUAACCAAAUUGUUGGAACACAUAACGCCCGAAACAGUCAAUAUCAUCGUACAAGCCAAAGAAUUCAGCGACUCUGUAGUCAUCGAUCAGGUCGAACCUUGGUUUCAAACGAAAUAUGGGUCGGUGCCGAUUUCUUCGGAUCAGCUGUCGACUUGGCAAAACGUAGAACUGUAUUCGGAAUUCAAACUACCCAGCAGAAAUCCGUUUAUCUCGAGUGAUUUUCGUCUUGUAUCACGUACCGGCAACAAAAGCAAAUAUCCGACUAAAAUAAAAAGUGAUGAAUUUAUGGAAGUAUGGUACAAAUUAGAUACUGUGUUCAAGUUUCCAACCGCCUGGAUCAAUUUGCAUUUUUUAUCGCCGGCCGGAAUGAGUACGAGUAAAUCAUUAGUGAUGUUGGAUCUGUUCGUUGCUAUGAUCUCCUAUAUAUUGAUAGAAGAUACUUAUCCGGCGAAUUUGGCUCAUUUACAUUACGAUAUCCAAGUUUCGCCUAGAGGCGGUAUAUUGUUGACAACGAAAGGAUUCAAUCACAAAUUACCCAAACUUCUCGCGACUGUGAUCAAUUGUAUGAAAAAUUUCUCCAAAAAAUUCAACGUCGACAUGUUCAACACUUUGAAAGUCGAAUUAAAGAAAAAUUAUCGUAAUACGCUACUAGAACGAAAUAAUCUCGUACAAGAGUUACACUUCACCGUCAUCGAAGAACCAUAUUUCAACGCCAGCGAAAAAUACAGCGUCGUGUCGCAUAUACGCGAAAAAGAAUUCAUCGCUUUUAUCGACAGUUUUUUAGGCAACUCGUUCGUCCAAUGUUUAGUUCAAGGCAAUAUCUCUCGCAAAAACGCCAUCAACAUUUGUCAUAACAGCAUUAAAAUAUUCAAUUCGAAACCAAUCGCCAAGAAAGAUCUACCCUACGUGCGAAUCAGACGCAUUCCAGUCGGGCAAAAAUGCGUAUUUAUGAAAACUUUCAACGAAUUAGACAGCAACUCGGUGACGGUCAACUACUUCCAGUGGGGUAACGCCGACAUAUCGCAGUACGUUAAACUGGAAUUGUUAGUCAAAUUGAUGGAAGAGAAGGUAUUCAACGUUCUGAGAACGCAGGAGCAGCUCGGUUACGACGUUUUCUGCGAAUUAAGCUUUAAUUUCGGAAUCAUCGGCUUCACAAUAACUGUCCAUUCGAGUACAUCGAAAUUUGAAACGUCCUACGUCGAAAAACGAAUUUCUCUAUUUUUAGACGAUUUUUCCAAUUCUUUGAAUAACUACAAGCACGACGAGUUUUACAAAGAGCGUGAAGCUUUAAUUAGAACUAAAGGCACAUCUUACUAUAAUUUGGAAGAAGAAGUUAAUAAUAAUCUGUGGGAAAUUAUUAUGGAAGAAUACGUAUUCGACAGGAAAUGGAAGGAAUUUGUUUGGCUGCAUAAAGUAUCACUUUCCGAUAUCAAAGCAAUGUUAACGUCAAUUAGAAAAAAAGGUAGCGAUCAAAAUAGAAGACUAACUAUUCAAGUCAUCGGUAACCAAUCGGAUGCUCCUACCGAUGUACCGUUAAUGGAUGACCAAUCGUUUGAUUUACGAUUACUCGAAGGAGAAGAAAAUUUGAAAAAUUAUUACGUCAAAGAGAUUAAAACUUUCAAAUCGAAUUUAUUCCUGUAUCCUAAAUCGAAAAUUAUAAACGGCAGUUUUUGGUUAUAUUCGUUCUGGUCUUUGAUAAUUCGUCUUGUUUUCAUUUUCAGUUAUCGACGAAAAAGAUAAUGCGUCGAUGAUCGCGUAAAUUCAGAUGAAUCGGAAAAUGACUAGUACCUACCUAUUCGAAAUCAUUGUUCGUACUUUCGUAAUUGUAUGUCUAAUUCUCUCGUAUUCUCCGUAUUCGGUGUCUAAUGUACAUAUGUUUCACUUUUUUUUGGUAUGCGUUUAUAUUAUAAGUACGAGACUGUAAAAUAAACGUAUUUGUUUUGAA